AGUUCUUGGAUCCAGUCUCCAGUCUAAGCUUAGCGGGUAUCCAUCCAUCCAUCGAUUUAUUAUUUACUAUGUAUAUUACGGAGUACCGCUGCUCAUCUAUUUAUUAUGAAUCUAUCGUCCUGUCUGAUCCUUCUCUUUUAUAAUCCAUGUUACUUAACCUUCACUUGUUACGUCUCAUCUUAAAAGAUCGCCAAGGAGGAUUCUUCCAUCUACCUAAGUUGCAUUGAUCCUCCGAGCUUAAAUUAUCAAAUAGAGUCAACCCGCCAACUUUCAGUCUCUCCCUACGACUGUUGGAUAUCUCUGGGUUACGGCGUAGCGAAACCAUCAAAGAUGCACUUCAACCUAUUAUUACCUAUCAUAACGGCUUUCUCGUUACUGGGAGCUCUGGUUCACGGCUCGCCCAUCAUGUGUCCAGACUCGAAACGAGAUGCGAUCCUUAGCGGAGCAAUGCCGGCAGAAGAAUGUUGCAGUUACGGAGUCUGUAAGAACACAGUCGUGAUCGCGAUGGGACGUGCACAGGAGAAAGACAGUUCGGCAAUCCGUUACAACGAAAGGCGGUGACGAAACGAAACGAG